CAAGAUAUGAUGUCUGACACGACACGCAGCCUUUUCUGGUUCAAUACCAUGCUAUGGAGAUGAGUUUAUCUAUGGAAUACGAUGCAUUCUUGAUGGAUGAAGAGUACGCAGACGCUGCGUUCAAGUUGCUCGUAAACCACAUCUCGAGAACUGAAGUGUUUGACAAGCAGGAAACACGACUAUCACUACUUAAUUAUCCGCCAUCGCAGCAACCUUUGCCGCUCUCUCACUUACACGGCGACGAAACUUUGGCGUCUUUACUGCACUCGGGGUUUCUGAGGACUUCAGAGCGCCAUCCUGGUCGUCAUGCCCUGGACUAUCGCUCGGAGACUGCACAAUUCACACUGACGUACCGUCAGUUGGACGAUAUCACGACAUCUUUAGCUCACAAGCUUCGCAGCAGUAUACCCCGGCCAUCUCAUCCAGCUCAGACUAUCGUGCCAGCAUACAUGGAAGCUUCAGCUGCGUUCUACAUCUCGUGGCUGGCGGUCCUUAAAGCAGGCUUCGCAUUCUGUCCUUUACCUGUCAGUGCAACAGCUCUUGAGCUUCAACACAUUAUUGAGGACGCAUGUGCUGUAGUUGUUCUGACAGAUGGUCCUAUGCUCUCUGGACGGCCCUGGGAUGCCUGGUAUUGUGAUGAUGACGAGCUGUCUGCAUGUUUUGAUAUCAACGAAUUCAUAACCAACUGGAUGCAAAUCUCGCCAAUACCUGAGCGUCGACCGCUUCCUAGCAUCGCAGAGACAGAUCUCGCAUACGUCAUGUAUAGCAGCAGCUCGACGGGUGUGCCUAUAGGCGUCAAGAUGUCUCAUCUAGCUGCUUCAUGCGCGAUAGCAUCACACUGCAAGCAUAUUCCUUCACAUAUGUGUAACCGCGGCUUCCGAUGGCUACAGUCUGCUCCUCUGACUUCCGAUGUCUCAACACUAGAGAUCUCCACUACAUGGUGGACAGGAGGAACUCUUUGCAGUGUUUCCAAGGGUCUGUUGUUUUCUGACAUGACGACUGCGAUCAACAGAGUCUCUGCCACAAUCACGACAGUGACGGCUAAUGUGGCAUCAACGAUCGAUUCUGCAAACACACCUUCAUUGAGACAGUUGUGGUGUACAGGGAAGCCAUUCUCGUCAUCUCUUCUUGAACGCUUGGCUAUAAAAUCACACACACCAUACAGAUCUCUCGCUCUUCUCCACCUUUAUACCCCCCUCGGUUGCUCGAUGUCUACUGCCGUUCUCUCUGUGGAUCCCGCUGUCAGAAGCACCAUCAUCGGCUCUCCACACCCAACAACAAGUCUCCUCCUCAUAGAUCCUCUCACAAAAUCUCCAGUCCCGAUAGGUGCAGUUGGUGACCUCUACAUCAGCGGCCCUCAACUGUCCUCUGGCUUCCUAAACCGCCCGGAUCUAGAUGCUACACAUUUCUGUACCAGCAGUACUUACGGCCGGUUAUACAAGACUUAUGAGCGAGGAAGACUGGUGAAGGAUCAGAAUGGAGAGUUUGUGGUUGAGGUGUUGCGAGGAGAGCAAGGUAUAGAGGGAGAGGUAAAAGAAGAGGAGAGUGCGGAUGAGGGUAGUGUGACUAGUAUGGUUGAUUCAUUCACUGAAGCUGGUGUGGUUGCAGAGGACAAAGAGAUGGAUGUCACAGAAGCCAACGUGUUGAGCUUGAUAGGUAGAUUACAGACUUGAGGAUAUCUCUAUAGCCAAAGAGAAAUGGAUAUAGAGAGAAUCGUC